AUGGCCUGGACAUGGGUGUGGGCGUGCCUAUGCCUGGCGUGCCUGUGCGAAGCGAGGCUGCGCCCACUUUGGCAGAAGUCUCUGCAUGCUGAGGUCUGGGAAUGGGCGCGGGCCUCAGAGGCCCACUGGCUGGCCUGCACGGGGUCGCCCAAGUUGGCGCUGCACCGGCUGCGGGUGACUUUGCUGGUGGCCCAUGACCGCGGCCUGAGCUUCGCUGCGGGCACCUUCUCUGGGGUGGAGACUGCGAGCGUGGAGAUCACGGACAAGGAUUUGGAGCACUGCCCUAUGGCCAGGCUCUUCCUGGAGGGGCUGGAGACCUUAUACAGCGCCCGGCAGUCCAAAGUGGCACUGGCGGGUCUCAGUGUGCUGCUGAAGGGCCCGCUGCAGCGCGUGGCGGUCUCCCUGAGCGACUUGACGCAUAUGCGGAGCCACCGCCAGCUGCCGACGCCCUUUCAGCUGCUGGCACUCCUGGACUGCAAUUGGCCGAUUUUCGAGCUUCUCCGCUACUUGGGCGGUCGACGGACGGAUGAGCCAACAAACCCAGGCACGGCGCAGGAGCGGGACCUGGCGGAGCUGAAGGCCAUCUCGCGGCGGGUCACGAGCACCGCCGGCUUCGAGGCCAUCACCCCGGAGGCCCGCGCCCGCGCGGUGCGGCUCUGGCGCGCCUGGGCCCCGGACGCGGAGCCCUGGGUCUCCCCGUGGCCCCCGCUGGGCGCGGCCUUCGCGGCGCUGCUCGCGGCCUGGGAGGCGGCAGAGGAGGAGGAGACGGCAGGAGGCGUGGGCUUCCAAGCGCAGCUCUUGCUCGGGGAGUUAGAGAGGAUCCUCUGGGACGCGGCCUUCCUGGCGCCCAAGAGCAUCGGGGGGGGCAACGGCGAGCAUGCGCCGGACCUGGGAAUCCUGGCGGGUCUGCUGGCGAGCACAACUUCCCCCUGGCGCCUGCUGGAGGGGCUGUCUGCGCUGCAGCUCCGGUUCUUCCACAGGACCACCUGCAGCAAAAACUUUGGUGCUGGUACGCUGGCAGUGCGCAUGCAGACCUGGCACAGCUGCCGCUACUGCGCCAAGAGCUCCGGCCAGGGCUGGGAGCGGUCUGUCUUCCAGCAUGGCAGCUUCUGGGAUGUGGACACUCUCAUGCACAUCAUGCGGACCAUGGCCAAACCACACGGCGGCAAGUGCCUCUUCAUAGAUGUAGGCGCCAACGUGGGGCUCUACUCGGUGCGCGCGGCCGCGGAGGGCUUCUCCGUCAUCGCGGUGGAGCCGGACCCGAGGAACCUCCGGCGCCUGGUGGCCAGCGCGCGGCUGAACGGCGUGCGCACGCUGAGCCGCCUGAGCACGCUGCAGGCGGCGGCCUGGGCCAAGCAACGGCGCGGCACGCAGCGCCUGUUGCAGUCCCCCGAUGAGUCCAUGCUGACCAUGACCUUGCCCUCCAACCGCCCUGCCGCUGACGCGCACCUCGCGGCUUCCUCUGCGGUCGCGGCGGCCGGCGGCGGCCAGGUGAGGAACUCCUCCUCCGUGCUGAGUAUCUCAUUGGACGUUCUGCUGCGCAUGGAUGGCCCUUCAGAGUUCGACCUGAAGGAGCACAGCUGUGCCUUCCUGAAGGUGGACGCGGAAGGAGACGACCCAGAGGUUCUGAAGGGCGCCGCAGGUCUCUUGUCCAACCCCAAGCUUAUCGGCGCCAUGGUGGAGGAACACAGGGAGCUGCUGCAGCUUAAGGGCCACAAGGCGGACGCCGUGGCGCGGCAGCUGGCGGCCUACGACUUCCGAUGGACUCAUCUCAUGGACCCCGACCCGGCGAUCCGCAACAUCUUGGUGCUGCGGCCGCAGGCCGCAGCCGUUGUGGAGGCCAGCGGCGGCUUUCAACUGGCGCAGUUCCCCCAGAGCCUGAGGCGCGCGUGCGGAAAGGUGCCGCGAGGACUUGAGACGAACUGGCCGCAGGGCUUUGGCCACGACACGUGCGAGAGGCACGAGCUAGUGGCGGCCCUGCGCCUGCCCCAAACAGCCGCACAGAUGGCCAGCGAGCUGGGCUUUGCGCCCCUGCGUGGAGAGAAGGCGGCCGACGUCACUCAAGUGGCCAUGGAGGAGCUUCUGAAGGAGGAGGAGAAGCUCAGCGCGAUGUUGGAGCCCAGACGAAAUCUGAAUUUCGGAGUCCCAGGAAUCCCGCGGCCACUGCGCAAGAUCAAUCGGGCUCUUGAGAAGCUUGUUGGCGGAUGA